AACCGAGGCCGAAUCCCCGCCGCCGCCGCCCGAGCCCGCGCCUUAGCCACCGAGGCUGCUGCCGGGGGACCGAGGCAGGGAGAGCCCCUGCAGCCGCCGCCCGAGCAAGCCAGCCCGCCCGCCCCUGUCGUCGCUGCUCGUUAUUGAAAUCAUGAAUCCUGUUUAUAGCCCUGGAUCUUCAGGGGUUCCCUAUGCAAAUGCCAAAGGAAUUGGUUAUCCAGCUGGCUUCCCAAUGGGCUAUGCAGCAGCUGCUCCUGCCUAUUCCCCUAAUAUGUACCCUGGAGCAAAUCCUACCUUCCAAACAGGUUAUACACCAGGUACACCAUAUAAAGUGUCCUGUUCACCCACCAGUGGGGCAGUGCCACCUUAUUCAUCAUCACCCAACCCUUACCAGACUGCAGUGUACCCAGUUCGAAGUGCCUAUCCACAGCAGAAUCCAUAUGCACAGCAAGGCACUUACUACACCCAGCCUUUGUAUGCAGCACCACCUCAUGUAAUUCAUCACACCACAGUUGUGCAACCAAAUGGCAUGCCAGCAACUAUGUACCCUGCUCCCAUCCCUCCUCCAAGAGGAAAUGGCGUGACGAUGGGAAUGGUUGCUGGGACUACUAUGGCAAUGUCAGCAGGUACUUUGUUGACUACUCAUUCCCCUACUCCAGUAGCCCCUCAUCCAGUUACUAUGCCCACAUAUCGGGCCCCAGGAACACCAACCUAUAGCUACGUGCCCCCACAGUGGUGAUCAUCCUGGCAAAUGUUUGAAGAUGGGAGAUAUGCAAUCAAGUAAUUGAGGUUUAACAGUUGGUGCUGAAGCCCCUCAUGCCUCCAACCAGGACUUUCUUUCUUCUGAAUGCUUUCAACACUUUGCUAAACACUACUAAAUUCAGAUCACUGAAGAUUUCCAGUGCUGCAUAUCUUACAUCUUGGAACUCCAGUAGUUAGUCUUAAAGCAAAUCUUGUUUUGUGGACUGUCUUGCAAUUUUUUAGCUAACUAUAAUGAUAAAAAGGGAGUAUAAAUUUAUUCUGAUCCAUAUCUAGUUGAAUGCAUGUUUAAAACACACACACACACACACACACACACACACACACACACACACCACACCACACCACACCACACCACACCACACCACACACAAAAGCUUGCUCAAUCUACCUGCAGUGACUGAUGCAAAAACCAUCAUAUGCAAAAUCCAAAGGAACUGAAAAGUAUUUUACAACUUGUUAUCAAUGCACUGUUGUAAUGUAUGCAAAGUCUUAAAAAGGUAGAGUCGUGAAAGUGAAUUUCUUUAUAGACCAUCAUAAUACACAUUAGUAAGUACUUCAACUUUUUGAGGGUUGAUAAGUUGACAGUUAAGGACAUGGAUGUUUUGUUU